AUGAUCGAGAAUCCCCACGAACAACGUCAAACUCUCCUCCUCUCCCGCAUAAUAAAGAACGUCGACCUCCUCAACGAGUCCCUCGAGGAGCUCUCCCGCUCCCUAGCAGAGAUCAAUGUGUACAACGAGGGAAAUGCAGAGGUGGCAGAUAUGUGGGAGAAUUACCGUCGAAGCGCGGCUUUCAACCUCGAGGCGCUCGAUGCUGAUUCGCAGCAGCAGCAGCAGAGGAGCUGAAGUAGGACGUCUGAUGAUGGAGCUGUACAUGUAGACGCAGCUUAGUGAGGAUGGAUCACAGGGCAGUAUGGAUGCUCAGCUGAUCUUUCGCAUGUAAUUGUACCAUGAUAUCCACAGCACCACGCAGGCAGGAAGGCAGGUAGACGUCUUGCCUCUUCACGCGCAGGCACGACUUUGAGAUGAUGAUCAACUCGAAGAUUGAC